AUGACCUCCUCGCUCUCCUUCUUCACGCGGCGGGUCUACCAGCUGCCCGUGCCCCCGAUCUCGAAACACAAGCACUACAACCGCGCGAGCUUCAUCGACUUUGCGCGGCGGCACGAGCUCUCGCGGACCUCGACGCUCUUCAUCGGCAACCUGUACGAAUACACCGUGCAAACGGAACUGCGGCACGCGGCCGCGCUGCUGCUGCACCGCACCGGCGGCCGCAGCGACAACGGCAUCGACCACCUGGGCACCUGGCACCUGCCGGGCCACGAGCAGCCGAUCCACGUCGCCGUGCAGUGCAAGGCGCACCGGCGGCGCGUGGGGCCGCAGUGCAUCCGCGAGCUGGAGGGGGUGAUCGCGCGGCGGGUGCCGCACACCUGGCGGCUGGAGCAGCCGAGACCGGGGCAGGCGCUGGCGGGCCCGCGCGUCGGGAUGCUGGUCAACCGGCGCGAGGCGUCGGCCGGGGUGCGCGCGGCGCUGCAGCGGAGCGCGCUGCCGCUCGUGUAUCUGAUGGUGGAUCUGCGGGGCGUGUUGCGGCAGGCGCUGUGGAACGAGGCGGUCGAGGCGCUGGGCGUCGCGCCGUUGGGCGUGGAGGUCGUCCACGGGCCGGAGCGCCAGCUCGCCUCGGAGCUGGCGGAGCUGGAGGCCGAGGGCGGGCUGGCGCUGUGGGAGGAGGAGCUCCGCGACAAGCUGCCCUCCGAGCUGCGCGCGAAGCCCUACCCGCCGCCGAUCCGGUUGACUUGGGACCAGGCCCAGGGCCAAGGCGGGGCGCGGCCGCUGCCGGGCAUGGAUCAGAUCGAGGCGCGCAUGCUGCAGCAGGAGGAGAAGUGGUGGGCGCUCUGGAAUCUGGCGCCCGAUGAUCAGGAGACCCGCUACGAGGCGCUGUCGGUCAUUCAGAGCCGGUUCCCCGAGGAGAAACCGCUGCUCUGGGCCAAGGGCGGCGUGCCGAGUUUGCUGUCGGAGCGAGAUCGCGAGGGUCUGCUGCGCGAGUUGAAGAUGAUGGGGCUGAGUGAGGGGGUGGUGGUGGAGGGAAAGUCGGAGGCAGAAGAGUCACAAUCGACGCUUAAUCCUACGUGA